CAGUUAGUCGCAUUGGACCGCUUGCUAAAGACGGUUGACGGUGCCAAUUAAAAAGAAGGACAACUUUCGGGUGGACUGGAACAUCUUCUGUACGUGAGAUUAGGAAGUUCUAAGGAAAAGUGAAAUUAUUUUUACUUGAGCUUUUGUGUCGUGCACUGCCAGCAUUUGUCGUUUACUGUCCCAAGAAUAUAUCCAGCCUUUAACCAAUAACUAUGGAUGCAGCUGCAGCAGAAUACCAGAGGCUGAGCCAAAGGAUGGACACAGAACAGCCACAAAGGAGCUCCGUGCUCUACACCACAUCCAGCGAUGAGCUUUCCAUUAACUGCUGCCUGGACAAAGUCGAGAGACAGCUACCCCUUCAGCUGGAAGCAGAGGCAGAGUCGGUGAAUGAAUCCCCUGGGCAGCGCGAUCAAUGGAGUCGGGGACUUGAGUUCCUCUUCUCCUGUAUUGCCCUGUCUGUGGGCCUGGGAAAUGUGUGGCGCUUUCCGUUUAUCGCCUUGGAGAAUGGCGGUGGAGCCUUUGUGGUUCCCUAUGUAAUUGUGCUCCUCCUGAUCGGCAGACCAAUCUACUAUCUGGAGGUAGUCAUUGGUCAGUUCUCUAGUCGAGGUUGUAUCAAGGCCUUUGACAUGGUGCCCAUUAUGAAGGGCGUCGCCUAUGGUCAGGUUUAUUCCACUGCGCUGGCCACCACCUACUACGCCUGCAUUAUGGCCUUGACCAUACGAUACCUGGUGGCCAGCUUUGACGAUGUCCUGCCAUGGACCUACUGCCUGGUGGAGUGGGGCAGUGCUUGCGUGGCCACAGGAGCCACCGUCUCGCCGAAUGGAACUGCCCUAGGCCAGGGCGUAUCUUCCGCGGAACUUUACUUCACGCAUACUGUGUUGAGGGAGCCUGAGAACCUGCAGGAGAAUGGGCUGGGAACUCCCAGUUGGGACUUGGUGCUCUGCCUGGCUGCCACCUGGCUGAUCAUUGGUGCCAUCCUCUUCAAGGGCAUACGCAGCUCGGGCAAGGCAUCCUACUUCCUGGCCCUCUUUCCGUAUCUGAUCAUGCUGAUCCUGUUGGCGAGGGCGUUGACCUUGCCCGGCGCCUGGCGCGGCAUCGUCUACUUCCUCGAGCCGAAGUGGUCCGAGCUGCUGAAUCCGCAUGUCUGGUAUGCGGCCAUCACCCAGAUGUUCUUCUCGCUGGCCAUCUGCUUCGGCACCCUGGUCAUGUACGCCUCCUUCAACGACUUCCACAAGAAUGUUCACAAAGAUGUGAUCAUCAUUACCAGCAUCGAUUCGUUCACCUCGAUACUCGCUGGCUGCAUCAUAUUUGGCAUCCUGGGCAAUCUGGCACAUGAAACCAACACCGAGGACAUCUCUCAGGUGGUACAGGGGGGAGCUGGACUGGCCUUCAUCUCGUAUCCGGAGGCGAUUGCCAAGUUCAAGUAUCUCCCACAGCUUUUUGCCGUGCUCUUCUUCUUCAUGCUGCUGGUGCUGGGAAUUGGAUCCAAUGUGGGCAUGGCCAGUUGUGUGAUCAACGUGAUCAAGGAUCGGUUUAGCCAUUUGCCGCACUGGCUACUGUCCGCCAGCUUCUCUCUAGUUGGUUUCCUUUGCGGCCUGGUCUAUAUGACGCCGGGCGGGCAAUUUGUUCUCAACCUGGUGGACUUUUAUGGCUGCACCUUCAUAGCCAUUGUGCUGGCCAUUGCCGAGCUGCUGGCCGUGGGCUGGAUCUACGGGGUGAAGCGCAUCUGCAGCGACAUCGAGUUCAUGCUGAACGUGAAGACGAGCUUCUACUGGCGCAUCUGCUGGGCCCUUGUGGCCCCUGGCCUGAUGUUCCUCGUCCUCGUCUACAUGCUGUUCAACUAUGAGCCGCUCACCUAUCGAGGUGUGGAGUAUCCGCGGACUGCGUAUACCGCGGGCUGGAUCAUCUGGGGCCUGGGAGUUCUCCAACUGCCCAUCUGGGCCAUCUACACGAUCUACCAGCAGCCGGGAAAGACUUUCAGCAGCAAAUUUAAGAUGGCGCUGCAGCCCACAGCGGACUGGGGUCCUCGCCAGCCGCAGGAGCUCGAGGCCUACAUCCUGCACAGGAAGCGCCAGGCAGAGUUCAAGCCCCGACGCGGUGGCCACCUCUGUGACAACAUUUUCGGCUAAAAAUCCACAUAUGUACAUUACAUUUUGUUUUCAUU